AUGGCCAAGCUUAGUAAAAAGGCGAAAGUGAACAAGCCGGCUGAAGACUCCAAUCCUUCUGAGCCAGAGAAGCAACUGCCAGAGACCUCUCAUCCAACCGCUGAAGCUAUCAUUGAUGACCCGCCACCAGAAGAGCACGACGUCACCAUGGAUCAUAUAGAAGUUGAACCGGUCAUCACUAAGCCACCAAGCCCCAUCAAGCCUACUGAAGAGAAAACUGACGAUGUCGUCAUCACCGGGCUUGGUUAUACAGCGUCGGGUAAUCCUACUGCCUUAUCCAAGCACAGCGCCAAAGAAGAAUUUUCUGCUGCUGAUAUAGGCAAGUGGAAGUUGAAACAGGGCUUCAGUGCUGAUAAAACCGGCUGGGAGACCGAGAAGGCGGCUCUAUUAAAGAGAGCAGAGGAUGCCGAAGCAGCCCUUAAACCGGUGACUGAUGAGUUGUCCGGUUUAAAGCAUCAGAUCAACAACAUGACAUCAGCCAUCUUCAGCUCCCGGAGCAUCAAGUUGGGCUCAGACAUGCGCAUCAAGCUGAAGGUUGUCUACACUCUAGUAGAACAGCUAUACACUAGCGCUCAACGGACCAUUGUUGCCGCUAUGCAUAAAAAACAUCCGCCCACCCUCAUCAAGGAUACGUUGAAGAAGUUAUCAGUGCUGCUCCAAAGGAUCGACGAUUUAAAGCGAGCAUCUGCCGGAGCCGGCGCCUUGACUGCUUUAAGUUGGGCAAAGGCAUGGCAAGCCGAUCUUGAUCCAGAAGACUUGGCCAAUGGUUGCCCAAGUUUGUCACCAUGGCGUUUUUGCAGAAAACCCCUCCCCAAACUCCCGACACAACCCGCGCUCCUCGUCGUCUCCAAUCGACGCUCCGACACGUACGCAUGGACGCCGGAGCUCCCCUGCCCAGAUUCGCCGCGCUGCUUCCCUGCUCUCCCGCGCCGGAGCUCCCCUACGCAGCUUCGCCGCGCUGCUCUCCCGCGCGUCCUCCUCCGUCGCUCCCUCCUGCCUCGCGCAGCUCCCCUGCCCCCUUGCCUGCCUCCCAAAUCUUCCCUCUUUCAUCCGCAAAAUCGUUUCUUCUUCCUCCCGCUGCGUCUCCUGCUUGCGCGCAGCGACGACACGUCCUCCUUGUUGCCCACGACGCCGGAGGAGGCACGGGGCAAGCAGCAGUGGCUCGCGCUGCGCCAGCGCGACCUCGGGUGCGCGUGGGCGUACGCGCCGGUCACCGCCUCGGCCGUGCGCCAGUCUGCGAAGGAGGAGGAAGGGGAUUCCAUUCGCCGCCAAGGCGCCCUGGGCAUGCUCCUCGAGUCCCCGCUCCUCGGGCCUCUCGUCACCUCCCUCCUCAAAAAGCAAAACCACAUGACGCAGGUCCUCUCCUCCCUUGUCAGCCUUCAUUUUUUUGAGAUUAUUUUGUCCAGCAACUCCGUGGUUUGCUUCCGUUGCACUCAGCACGAUUCUGCUCUUAUUAAUGUUGGGGGCGAGCACAUGCUGCAGCGCACGGUGAUCCAGUUCUUUCAUUCAGUCAAGUUCUUUCAUUCAGUCAAGUUCUUUCAUUCAGUUAUGUUCUUUCAUUCAGUCAAAUUCAGUCAAGUUCUACUAAUCCCGCCGCAGGAACCUAUGCGUAGCUGCAGCAUACAGGCCAGUUCAUCAACUGCUCGAAGAAGAAAAGAAGGUGGCAGUCUGAACCUUUUAUAAAUGGAGUACUCUUGACUUAGGAAGCCCAAGCUAUAGCAGAUUCAAGUUCAUUUAAAUGGCUGAUUCAGCUUGAGAACCAGAGUAAACUACUGUACUGAGAACAGCAAAUUCGGCAGCAAAUUGGACAGCAGCAGUAGUAGAGGCGGGCGGGGAAGGCUCACCAGCACAGGCGGGAGUGGCAGCAGAGGCGAGGCAUGGGAAAAGGCAAAGAUAGCAUCAGAGGUCCACGACGUCAGCGUUGCCCACCAGUAGCUACAUCAGAGGCAGGAGUGGCCGGAAUUGUCCACGGCGCCGGCGGCUGAAGCAGACAAAAUCGGAGGCGCAGGUGGGCGGCGAAGGUGGGCGGACGUUGGUGGCGACCGUGGGCUAUCGUGGGCGGCGAGCUUCAACGGGGCCGGCGGCGUAGCUCGAGGCGGGCGCCGGCGCAGGUCGCCUUCACGGUGGGCGGUGCAGGUGGGAAGCCGCGACGCGGGUCCAAGCGGGCGGCGGCGCUAUUGUUGGCCACGCGCUGGGACGCGGCGCUGGUGUUGGUCGCGGCGCAGGUCCAGGCGGGCGGCAGCGCCCUGGUGGAUGGGUAGCCGGCGAUGGCUGCAAGGCGCGGGCGAUGGGGGAGGAGGAAGGAAGGAGAUGGAGUUAUUCGUGGCGUGUUUAAAACUGUGUUUUUUUUUAAAAAAAAAGCAAAUACACUGCCCCGUGGACAACUUUUCUCGGACUGAGGGAGUACUAUUUUUGAGACUAA